AUGACAACACCUACUCCUUUUAUUAUUAAUAGAGAAGGUAGUAGUGAAAGUAAAAGUAAUGGAAAUCAACCAUUAGGAAGAAGAAGAUUUUUAAAUAAUAGUAAUAAUAACAAUAAUAAUGAUAGAAAUGACAGAAAUCAAGAUUUAAAUGAUGAUGUUGAGAAUACUCAACCAAAACAUCAUGGUAAUACAAUCAGAAGAACUUUUAGAAAUAAAAAUAUAAAUAACAGUAAUAAUAAUAAUAGUGUUAGAUUUAAUAGAGAUUCAUCUACAACUUCAAAUAAUAAUAACAAUAGAUAUAGUAAUAAUAAUAAUAAUAAUGGUGUUAAAAGUAGGCUGAAAAGAACUACAGAAAGACAAAAUGAUUCACAUUUAAUUCAACAAAGUACAGCCGUCAAUCAAUGGAGUGUUUCCCCAAACUUGGCUGGUCAAUCUAAGUUAAACACUUCAACUUCUACUACAAAUGUAACAACAACAUCAACAACAACAACUACUACAACAACUACUGAAGCAAUUCAAAAAGAAAAAGAAUUACCUGUAUUAUUAACAAUGGAGAGAUACAAAGAGUUGGUUCAAAAGUAUAAUAUGGAAUCAGAUUCUGAUGAUUAUGAUUCAGAUGAAGACAAUUGUCUUAAUGACUCUGAUGACGAACAGCAACAACAACAGUACGAUAAGAUAUUUCAAAGUUAUAGAGGUAGUAAUAAUAAUGUUGGAGCAUCAUCAGCUGUGGUAAUAGCGGUAGACGAGAACGCCAAGGAAAUGAAUAUCAGACAGCUAAUAAAAGAAACAUCGAGAGGUAUAUCUACUUGUUUGCAACAUUCACCCGAUCGCUACCUCUGUUUCUGUGGCAAGACAACGGAUCCCCCUGUUGACCCUUGGCAGACCGCUCACUCCUGCGGUGAGAUCUGUCAACGAAAACUCAAUGGCUGUGAACACAGUUGUCUACUACUUUGUCAUCCCGGUGCAUGUCUGCCUUGUUCGAGAACCAUUCAAUCGAAAUGCUACUGUGGUCGUGAGAAUAAAGUACAGCGAUGCAAAGACGGUCAAUUCUACAGCUGUGAGAAUCAAUGUUCAAAGAGAUUGAGUUGUUCUCACCUCUGUGAAUCCAUAUGUCAUAAAGGUGAUCAUCCACCAUGUGAAAAAACAUCUAUUAAACAAUGUAGAUGUAAAAGAACGAGUAUAGAAACAAAAUGUUCAUCAGAGAAUAUUUGUGAUUCCGUUUGUAAUAAGUUGUUGACUUGUAAUAAGCAUAGAUGUACCAAAGUAUGUUGUGAUGGUUGUGACCCAUGUCCUUUGGCUGCACCUAGGGUUUGUGGAUGUGGAUCAAAGCAAUUCAAACUGGAUUGCAAUGUACCGACACCAAAGUCUUGUGGUGGUACCUGCAAUAAGUUGUUAGCAUGUGGACAUAGAUGUUACAACCGUUGUCAUACAGGUGAUUGUACCAGUUGCAAUCAAGUGGCUACUAAAAAGUGUAAUUGCGGUAGUCUUGUAAAGGAUAUGCCAUGCUCCAAAGAAUUGAUUUGUACAAACAAGUGUAAUAACAUAAGAAACUGUGGACGUCACAGAUGUAGAAAGCGUUGUUGUCUCGGAACAGAUUGUCCUCCUUGUGAGGAAGAAUGUGGUGAGAAACUUGGCUGUGGUAAUCAUCGAUGUAAAGCUACUUGUCACCAAGGUAAAUGUUUACCAUGUAAUCUAACUGUUAGGAUAUAUUGUCCUUGUAAAUGUACUUUUAUCGAUGUGGUGUGUGGUACGGAAAAGAAGAUACAACCACCACGUUGCAAGAAACUCUGUGCUCAUCCAACUACGUGCCAUCACUCCAAGAGAAGACGUCAUGCUUGUCACUUUGGUGCGUGUAAACCAUGUGAUAGAAUCUGUGGAGCUCAGCUACUUGGAUGCACUCAUCGUUGUCCAAACGACUGUCACGAUCCAAUACCAAGUAUCAACUAUCGUGUGAAGCCGCUGUUGGAGUACAAGGGUCAGACUAUUCAAACGAUUCCCAAGGAAAAGGCUGUGCAAUUCCCACAAGCUCUUCCACUGUCCGAAGUUCGAUGUCCACCGUGUCUGGUGCCAAUGGAGAGAUCUUGCAUAGGACAGCAUGAGGCUAAGCAUAUAAUAUGUUCUGGCGAUUUGACCUACAGUUGUACGAGUGAAUGUAAGAAUCUAUUGGAAUGUGGUAAUCAUUUCUGUCGCGGUGCGUGCCACAAGGUUACCAUAAGAAGACAACUUAUCACCGAGGACGGACAACAGAUUGUAGAAGAAAGUUACGAAGAAGAAGAGGAAGAUAAUGAUGAAGCAGAGAAUGAACUCACCUUCCAAGAUACCUGUCAAGUUUGUGAGCUUCCAUGUCAAAACGAGAGACCAAAAGGCUGUGCUCAUAAAUGCGAUCUUUUAUGCCAUUUGAAUGACUGUCCGAAAUGUAAAAAAAACGUUAGAGUUUUAUGCCAUUGUCAGAGCAAUACACUGCUCAUUCCAUGUUUCGAGUAUUUAGAAUCAGAGAAGUUGGAGAGAGAUAUAUUUUCUUGUGGUAAUGUUUGUCGAAAGUUUUUAGAGAACUGUAACCAUUCAUGUUUGGAUACAUGUCACCAAGGAUCAUGCUCUUCUUGUAAAGCAAGUUUAAAUGUUUAUUGUCAGUGCAAAACAAGAAAAGAAAGAUGGACAUGUACACAAGCAAAACAGAAACGUUUGGAGAAUAAUAUAAAGAAUGUUAAUUUUGAUAAACUAUUGGAGUGCAACGAGAGUUGUCCACCCAAAGUUAAGCAGGAAAAGAAAGAAGAAGUGGUAGAUCAACAAUUGGAUUCAAAGAAACAGCCAACUCUUACCAAAGAACAAAAGAGAAUUAAAUAUCUCGAAAAGAAAGAAGAGCAAGAAAAGAAGUGGAAACAAGAAGAAUUGGAAUUAAACAAAAAGACAUUCGCUGAUAGAUUAAUGGAGCCAAAGAUGAUAUUUAGAAUAACAAUUACAAUUCUAAUUUUAUCAUUUAUCACAUUACUUGUAGUUAAAACGAAACUAUAA